UUUCUUCCGUUUUGUCAGUAAAUAAACGCUUCAAUGCUGCUGUAGUUUCAGUAAAAAUUUGCCGAAAUCUCUUCUUGAACAGCAGUGAGAGAGUUUGCAGCCAUGGACGACGGCGGAUUAGAUGUUGUAGAGGAGCUGUUACAUGUUGUACCAGACCAACCUGAUCAGCCUCAGCAAGAUGAUCAUAUCCUUACCGCUAUGGAGAUAAAACAAGAGGGGAAAACACUACCUUUAUUAAGUGGGGAAUCGCCCAAAACUUCGCAGAAUGUUGUAUCUCACAUGAUGGACAUAGCGGAGCCUUUGAUAAACCUGAAGAAGGCCCUCGAGCAACGGUUACAAUGCAGCCUGAAAGACCAUGAGAUCUACUUACAAAACAGUACAUUGUUAAGUGAAGAGAAGAGUUUGAUCGAGCAGGGAGUCAUCGCCAAGGGAGUAUUGCAGUUCAGUGUACAGGUCAUAUCAGCACAAGGAGUCAAACCUCGAAUUAACAUUGUCGAUGUCAUAAAACCCAUCACAGUUGAAGUUGCAAUUGAGCAGCGAGCAGCUCCAGUACAGGUGGAAGAUGGGACGGGAUGUAAAUGGGUUGUGUGUAACAGCUACAAGGAGGAACAAGAGAAGCAAGGAAUACCCCUCGCUCCUAAAGACUGGACAAAGGACCAGACUAUUCAUUGGUUCUAUUGGGCCACUAAAGAGUUCAACGUGGACACGUGUACAAUGCCGAAGGAGCUGCAGCUUAACGGAGAGGAAUUGUGUCAAUUAACCAAGAGGUUUUUCAUCGCUCAGUUGCCCAAGGUACCAAAUGUCGAGCUUAUGUGGUCCCACUUGGAAAUUCUUAAAAAAUAUCAAAAAGAGGUUCGAAAGCCGCCGGAACGUCCCCUUCGUAUCACAGGAUUUGGAUCAGAUGACAAACUUAACUGCCAUGGGAACAGAACAGGUAAUAACGGGCAGAUCCAGUUGUGGCAAUUCCUCUUAGAACUAUUGACAGAUACCAGAAUGCUGGAUUGCAUCUCGUGGGUCGGCACACAAGGAGAGUUCAAGCUGAAGCAUCCGGAGCUCGUAGCCCAACGGUGGGGAGAGCGCAAAAACAAACCAUCAAUGAAUUACGAGAAAUUAAGCAGAGCACUCAGGUAUUAUUACGAUGGUGAUAUGAUAGCUAAGGUUCAUGGCAAGAGAUUCGUCUACCAGUUUGUAUGUGACUUAAGAAGCUUACUAGGCUAUAGCGCAGCCGAGCUGCAUGAACGUGUCACCCAGUGCGCUAAAAACAAAGUAAAGAAAGCCGCCAGUAUGGCACUGAAUUCUGAGAUGCGGAUAACGUGGUGAGGUGGACAUGUUCCCCGUAUCCGACAACAGUAUUGAAUGCUAGUAUCCAUUGCACAAUCAAGGAACCAGUCUAUUCACCAAGGUUCGGUUACACUGAUGUGGAAUGUCUGCAGAACAAGAUGACAGACGCUAGACUGUUUGGGGUGAAAGGAAAACAAAAUCUAGGUACACUGUAUACCACUUCUUUCUGCAGAUGCGGAUCACGUGGUAGCGUGGAAAUGUUCCCCCGAUAUCCAAUACCAGGAAUCAGUGGUAUUAUUCAUUGCACAGAAAGGAACCAGUCUGUUUGAUUUGGUUACACUGAUGUGCAAUGGUGGCAGAACAAGAUGACAAACGCUAUACUGUUUUGGGUGAAAGACAAACAAGUCACGGUAUGCGGCUUCUUUCUGCAGAUGCCGGUGACAUGGACAUGUUCCAUGUAUCCAACAACAGUAAUGAAGGCUAGUAUCCAUUGCGCAAGAGAGGAACCAGUCUAUUUGGUUCGGUUUAUUACACUGAUGCGGAAUGGCGGCAGAACAAGACGACGAACGCUAUACUGUUUUGGGUGAAAACCAAACAAGAUGACUGACGCUAAAAUGUUAUUGGCGACAGACAAACAUGUCGUGGUGCGCAACAUCUUUCCAGUGCUGAAGAAAAUGCGAUCGCACGUGAUCUAGCCAUAGCUGUAGCCGAAGUCGCUGUUUCGUUCAUGGCCUCAGCAGCUCUACUGCAAAGGCAUUCUUGAUCUCUACCGACUCAUGUUCUGUCUUGUGGAUGAUGGUUUAGUUUGACCUAGUUUUUGUUAAAUUUUUUAUACAUAUGUUCAAUGCUCUUAUUAGAGACCAACGAGAAGACUGAAGACAAUGAAGAAAUUUCAGUUUUAGAUGUAGGAGGAAAACCCCGGAGAAUUAUUCUUCCGAACAAAACCACGCAGUUAAGUAGGGACCGAAACCCCAAGAUUGGUCAGACUUGCUAUGUUUUAGUUUAUACUGAAUUUGCUUUUUAGUCCACUAUUUUUUUAAUUUUGUAAUAAACUAAUUUUGUUGAUCUGAUUCAGUUGUUGUGCAUUGCAGUCCAAUCUGAUCCCCUUUUAAGGUUUUUAUUUAAGUUUUACUCACGUAAAAGUGAUAUUUGUUUUGAUUGAGGUUGCCGGGGCAAACACAGUAUAAGUCUGGUAACUCAAUGAGUACAAUGGAAAGAACAUAAAUGUAUACGAGAAUAAGACUUAAAGGCACUGAACACUUGGUAAUAACUCAACAUAACUUUUAGCACAAAAACUACCUUACUUGGUAUACGCGCAUUUGAGAGCUGUUGAUAGUAAAAAAAACAAUGUGAGGACCAGCAUGCCCUCUGACGUUUUUAAGUGAGGUAAUUUCUCAUUCAAAUGUUUAAAAGACUUCAGGCCUGAAGCCUUUAUUGGGCAUCUGAAAACACACAAA